CAUUCCUUCACUUCUUCUUGUCACCUGCUUUACAACCUGCCGUCACCAGAAUGCUCUUCAACGCCCCCGCACUCUUCACCACCACCCUCCUCGCCCUCACCGCUAGUACUUCCCCCGUCUCCGCCAUCGACUACAGGCUUUUGGCCAACAAGCCUGGUUCCGGGUCGAUCGAGUCGUUCAAAAUUUCCUUCAAAACCCAAUGCCCAUUCUUCAACCCAACCAACAACACCGACGCCAACCAUAGGUCUACCUUCUUUGUGCCGGGUGAUUGGCAGGGGCAGAAUACGGACUCUAAAGCCCUUGUUUAUUGCGUACGUUCAACUCACCCUCUCAUUCCCCCUCGUUCACUUCUUCCGUCGAUAUCCCACACCGACAUCCAUGCCCGAUGACUAUCCUCCUCUCGCCCCCUCCCAGCCACCACCUGUACUCUACCGUACAAUAGGCUGACCUCAAGACCCAUUAGACUUAUACCAACCCGAAUGGAACUGUCUUUGCCGUCACCCGGGAGCUCGUCAAUUCUUUGGGAGGGUCUUUCGCGUAGAACUUGAGAGAAGUAGCUUUUGAGAUGCGGUCGGUCGAUCGUUGGCUUUUUGUAUGUUGGAAGAUAAUGAGGGUGGGGUUAUAGGUGGUUUCAUGUAUGUCCUGUAGAAAUGUUGAUCCAUCUCGCCUGCCCGCACAUCGUAUCUUACAUUCCGGCUCCACCACCCUUCGUCUCCCACUCUCCCACUCUCCCACUCUCCCACUCUCCCA